GCGCAAACGGAGUAUGAAUGACCUGCCUAUCUACGUAUCGUUAUUUAUCAUUUGCGAUGCAGUGUGCCUCAGAAUGUGAUUCAUUAAAUCAUGUCCAACUUUAAAGGUUUUAGUGAAGAUGAAAUUAAAAAGUUAACAACUACUUCAAGUGUUAAAAUAGCGGUUAAGUCCAUUGAUGAUGAUAUACUAAAUGGUAAACGAGUUUUACUAAAAGUGAAAAAGGGUCAAAAAAACGCAGUAAUAAAGAAUCUUACCAGUUCAAAAACAUUACAGAAAAACGAGGAUGAAGAUUCUAAAAUUCCAGACGGUGCCAGGCUUUCUCCUUUUAAUCAAACCAAAAAAAGUCCAAGUCUAGUUUGUAAAAAUGAGAUAAAUAACCAAGAAACUGAAUCUUCCGUCUUAGAAAAUAGAAAUUACCCAAACGAAAAUUACGAUGAUAAAAACACGGUAGUGCCUGAAAUUCCAUUACAAUCAGAUGGCGAAUUCCACCCUGCGAAAAGGAAACAAUUACCCGACACAGACGUAAAAGAUCCGCCGCCGAGGGUAAUUUCGUCACAGGAUGAACCUAGAAACGAUAAAAAUGGGUCUUUAAUCACCUCAUCAGAAGGUAGAAGAAGAAGCAGCAACAGCAGCAGUAGCAGUAAUAGUUUGCAAACGCUCCAGGCUCGGCAAAAGUUAAUAGAGGAACAGAAUAGAAAACGGAAAGAGAUACUUGCCAAAGCUUUAGCUGACAAGACGAAAAAAACCCGAGAAGAGACGGAAAGAUUAAAUGAAAUACAGCGGGAAUUCAAAAAAUUGGAUGCGUUACUAUCUGAGGACGUGAAUAUCCUUAGGAGACAAAUAGAAAUUGCCAGCUUCGACUUUAUGGAAGCGCACUAUUCCAUUUUUUCGUAUUUGAUGGGUCUAAUCUAUCUGUAGCAAGGACCGUUAAAUGGUACAUUUCUUUAUUACUUACUAUUGGAUUACUUAAUUACGUACUUAAUACUAAAUUUUGUACAGUGUAAUUAUAUACUUUUGUUAUAACCUAACCUAACCUGCAGCUAAUAGAAAUUCGUUGAAAUUUUGACUGGCAGCUUAUCAAAAUAUAAAUAAAAUAUCAAGUAAGAGAGGCUUGCUAUGUAUCCAUU